CCUCGACAGGCGAUAUACAAAACGGCACUGCGCAAGCGUGCAUUUUGCCCGACACGCGUUUUGUUAUCGCACGCGUGCAACGCACCCGUAGCAGCGUUUGUGUAACGCAACUGCGCAUCAAUAACUGCACAGAGCCACAGCCCAGAGAGCCACAGGUGUGCCACCGCGGCGCGACUGGAUAUAAUAAGCAUGGAUCCCUCGAAGAAAAAGUCCCACAAGCAAAUAAAAAAGGCCAUGGCCGCGAAGCAGAAGCACGGGCUCGAAGACGACGAGCGCUUCGCGCACGCGGCGACGGACCCGACGUUCCGAGGCGGCCGCAAGAAGCGCAAGCUGAAGAUCGACCCGCGCUUCAAGGGCGCGCUGGACGACGAGCGCUUCGGACUCGCGCAAGGCAAGGUCGACAAGCGCGGCCGCAAGGUCGACAAGAACGCGCAGGCCGAGAGCCUGGCGCCGUUCUACGAGCUCGACGACGGCCUGACGGCGCCGGAGCGCGCGCGGCGGGCCGAGCUCGACGCGAAGAUGCGCGGCGAGGAUGACGACGACGCGGCGUCGUCGUCGUCCGACGACGGAUCUUCUGGAGACGAGAGCGACGAGCUGGAGGAGGUCGAGGUGCGCGCCUGGGACGCGGACCUGCCGCCGACGCACGACACCGUCGAGGGGAGCGUCGAGGCCGCGAGGCUCGCCGUGACCGACCAGGAGUGGAAGCACUGCCGCGCGCAGGACCUACUCGUGAUGCUCCAGUCGCUCUGCCCGCCGGGCGGCCAGUGCUCCCGAGUCGUGGUGUACGCGUCGGAGUACGGCGCGCGCGAGAUGGAACGGGAGGAGAAGUUCGGGCCGGGCGGCAUCUUCGCGGACGACGCGCCGGACGCGUCGUCGGACUCCGGGUCGGAGGACGAGGCGGAAGAGGGCUUCGACGCCGAGAAGCUGCGGGCCUACGAGCUCAAGAAGCUGCGGCGGUACUUCGCCGUCGCGACGUUCGACGCGCCCGCGACGGCCGAGGCCGUCUACGCGUCCGGCGACGGCGUCGAGAUCGAAGCGACGUCCGUGCCCCUGAACCUGUCGUUCAUCCCCGACGAGACGACCUUCGACGAAGGGCGGAAGCGCGACGAGGCCACGUCUGCCGAAGCCUACAAGCCGCCCAAGGCGUACGUCUGCGCCGCGCGCCAACAGACGAAGGUGAAGUGCACCUUCGACGACGACGACGGCCACCGCCAGCACGCCAUCGAGGAGAUGCUGAAAGAUCCCGACGCCGCGACGGCGUCGAAGUACCUCGCCGACAGCGACGACUCCGACGACGACGGCGGCAACGCGGCGAACUUGCGGAAGAUGCUCGGCUUGGACCCGCAGAAGCCCGCGGAGGACCAACCGACGCGGGAGGCGUCGGGCGAGGGUUUUGAUGAUGACUUUUUUGGGGCUGCCGAGGGCGACACCACGGCGGAAGAUGUGCAAGUGUCAUUUGAUGAGUUCGGCGGCGAGGCGCCGAACGACGAGGGCGAGACGCCCUGGGAGGCGCGCGAGCGGCGCAAGCGUAGGCGCCCGUGCAGAAAUUAACCAUCCCUGUCACGGAGACGACGUCGCGUCGAUGGCGGGGCGCCUCGACACUCCAUUUCCACGCAGGCGAGCGCAAGGCGGCGCGCAAGCAGAAGCUCAAGGAGAAGCAGCGCGAGGCGCAAGCGAAGAAGGCCGGCAAGGCGCCCGCGACGCGACCCGCUGUUGACGAUGAUGAUAGUGACGACGACAGAGACUACGACGCGUCCAAAUUAGUGCGCGCGGAGAAGCUCGCCGCGAAGCCGAAGCUCAAGGGCAAGCGCAAGCGCGAGCGCGACGCCUUGCUCGCGAAGCAGGAUCGUUCGGGAUUCGAGUUCGACGCGAAAGAUGACCGCUUCCGCGGGCUGUUGGACGGCGACGACCGGUUUGGCGUGGACACGUCCGCGCCGGAGUUCAAGAAGACGGCCGGGAUGAGUGCUGUCCUCGAGGAGCAGUCGAAGCGGCGGCGGGCCAAGCGCGACGACGCCGCGGCGCAGGCCGCCGCGGCGGAGAAGCGCGACGCCGAGGACGACGCACCAGCUGUUGGGGAUUUGGCGGCGUCCGUGCGGGCGAAGCUCGCGAAGCGGAAGCAGAAGAAGAAGGCUAGGAAGUAGUGAGUCUAGCAUAAGCACAU